UUCGCGUCACUUCCUUGUUCCUCUGUGGAAGGCGAAAACUUUUCACCGAACGGAUACGUCCGGACUUUUGUGACUUCUUUUCGGCUGGCCUCCCGCUCAACGCCGGACACCAAACAUCCCGUGUCGUUGUCCAUAUCGCUCCGAGAGCUCUCCCUCCGCGCUGACCGACAUUCUUAAGUUAUGGCCGACCGCGGGGAAGCGGGGAGAGAAGACGGAGACCGGGAACCUCAGGGCGCCGAGGGCGGGGAAGAUGUCGUUGAUGACCCCAUAAUGGAGCAGGGAGCAGUGGUCCUCAGAGGGUACGUGGUGGCACUUAUAAACGCAGAGGAGCCGACUCGCCACCUGUCCUCGGAGCAGCUGGGAGGAAGGCCCAACGAACUCCAGGAUCCACAGGUCAAAGAGGUGGUGCAGCAGCUGCUCAAGAUCGCAGAUGAGAUGAACAGGAACGCCGAGCUCCAACGUCUGAUCAACCAGGUUCAGGCCGACUGUGCUCAGGACAUCUUCAUGAAGGUGGCCACGAGCAUCUUCACCGACGGCAUCAACUGGGGUCGAGUGGUGGCUCUCUUCCAUCUGGCCUACAGACUCAUAUCCAAGGCACUGACCUCCAACCACCUAGAGAACAUCCGAAUGAUCAUCAGCUGGGUUCUCCGGUUCAUCAGAGAGCGACUCUACCCCUGGCUCGUACAGCAGGGAGGCUGGGUGGGGGUGAUCCACGACUUUUCUUCUCGGUGGAGGACGGUCGCCAUCGUGGCGUCGAUAGCAUUGGUGGCAGCGUUCGUUUACUACAGGAAGACGCGCUGACGGCAGCAGACCCCAGAACCCAGGGCUGCAGUGGCAUCACCUGGAAGAACGCAGCUAGUUAAUAUAGACUUAAAAUUACAACCACAUCUCACCCUCCAUCUAAUCAUCCAGCGGAGGAUACUGUACUGUACCGAGAAGGCUGGAGGGGCCCCUCACUUCUCAGGAUUCCAAAAACAAAACAUCUCCGUCCAGCGUCAGCAGCAUCGAUGGAAGCUACACGCCUUCCUGCAGCCAUGCGGAGGCUGUCGGCCGCUGGCGGUGAACGUGGGACAAAGCUGGAGAUGACUUCAAACGGACCCGGGGACCCGACCGGAACCAAGUCUUGGGUCCACAUUGGUCCUGGUUGGGGGCUCCAAUGUAGAUUUCGCCAGUAUAUGUAUGUAUGUAUUUAUAUAGUUCUCUAGGCAACAUGUGGAGCUCUACACCUGAGAGGGUGACGACGUCAACAACAACAACAGCAGCCAAUCAAAAUUCAACAAAUUCUUAUAUUGUAGCUUCAUUAUGUCGCCAUAUAUUUUUAACAUAUUGCAGCCAAGUUUGCUCUGUAGUCUUCUUUAAUAGGAAAUGGUGAAUACUUCGCCGUAACUCUGGUCGUCGAAAAUAAACCAAAGGGCAUAAAUCCGAGCUGGAAUUGAAAUCAUUCAAACUGCUCGUUGUAAUUUCAGACUUGUGCAAAGAUAAUCUUACAUUUACCCUCCCUUAUUGGAAGUUUCUUACAGAGAUGCUUCUUCAGAGUUGUUGGAUGACUUGCCUCAAGUUUUGAUGUGCCUUUUGACUAUUUCGAAAAUAUAACCAAAAGAAAUAAUAUUUUCUAACCCAGCUAAGCGUCUGUACUGAUAUCUCAGCUGAGAUCAUUUAAACUUCUAAUGUUGUCUUUGCAGAAAAUUAACUUUUAACUUUCAAAACCCAGGAGCCUCCCACCGACAACUCCUCAUGCUGCGUUCACACCAAAAGCGACGCGAUUUGUCGCGUCUCCCAAAAAGCGUGAGUUUACUCGCUCGACCAUUUGCCGUGUUCACAAAAAAGCUUUGCGAAGCGCCGCGAGGGGCGGGGCUUAUCUCUGUGGACUGUCUCCGUAAGAAAACGUCAUCAUCUCCUUCAUCCACCAGAAUAACUAACCACUCGUUCUGCUUUAUACUUGUUGAGGACAUCACACACGCGUCUGAUUCUAAACACGUGUUGAAAUGGUCGGUUUGGCUCAUAUUCGGAGACUGCUUCAUCUAAGUAACGGCUCAUUGAAAUAAUUCUGCCUUUGACCCAAACGGCGGUCUCCUGCGUCAAAGUCCCGUGCUUAUUUGAGCUAUACGUCGUCCCUCCCCCAGACUCCUUUUUUAUACUCCGUCACCUUCUCCCGCCAUAACCGCGCCACCUAACAUGUAAACGUCAAUAUGGGUUGUGAGAACGCUUUCUUGUACAAACCACCUAUGGGGUCGUUUUGGGGGAUGGAGGACGAUCUCCAAUGAAGUGAGCAAAUAAAACACAAAGUAAGGCUGACGGAACAGCCGUUAAAACUUCAACCCGCUGAUGACGAACAGAGCAGCCAUUUGUCACACUUCUCAAAUAAGAUAAGGAUAAAGACACUGUCCUUGUUUUUUUGUUUGUUUUGUUUUUGACUGUUAAUGUUUUCCGAGAACAAUCAUAAAAUGCGAAUGUGGAUUUCUUUCCUUUUUGUUUGGUCUCAUACAAGCUUAAUGUUCCCACAUGGACCUGAGCUGAACCUGUCAGGCGGUUAACUUUGACUACAUUUGGAGCAUGUGCAGAAUUAUUUAAAUGAAUCUCUUUGUUUAUUGAGCUGUGUCGGGGUCAGGCGAUCUACGGGAUGAUUUCCAUGGGAACAGUCGGUGGCUAAAGCACACCUCGGUGCCACGCAAGCUUUUCUCAGGGGUUUUUGCUUCCAAAUCCAUUGUGCACUUUUGAGAGGGAUAUCACACUAUUUAUCUUUGUGUUCCAAUGGUGGUGUCAAAAUAAUGUAAUGUAACGAGAUGAUUAUUUCAUUGGUUGAAAAAUGAACUCAUUGGACUCUAUUUCUGUGAAUAAAUGAAAGUAAAAGUGUUA